UCGUGGCACACGGGAACGAUUCACUCCCCGUCGGUUGCUCCUCACCUUGUGCUACUAAGUAGACAGAGUGUAAGCAUUCUUGCCCGUUGGACAUCUUUUAAUCACUCUGUGGUGGUUAGUUCCACGAUCCUCGACCACGAGGUCAUGUAGAAGGUCGUUUGGACAGUGAGGGGGCGGUACCGAAAAGGAGCCAAUAUUGACGCUCAACUCACUCAAAGAGAGCAGAGUACACUACGUAAGGUGGUAUUUGCUCAAUGGGAUCUCGUGGCACCAGAUAGGUACUUUUUCAGUAGUACUGACUCUUGAGCGAGCGAGCACGUGCCAAGUGAUGGUUUUGGUCCCAAGUUAUGGAUCCACAGCCGGCAGUGUUCCUGAUAUGAUGAUGGUUUAAGGCCGAAAACAAUAAUGACCUUGGUAAUCUAAUGACACCUUUCCCCAUGUUAUUAUCAUCGUCCUCAUCGUAAUCGCAUUGACUAUCAUUCGGUUCAAGAGAAGGUUACUAAUCAAUCAAGGACCAUGAGUAAUGCUCUCGCCGACCUUCAACAACAAGAAGGACUCCUCCCAGACCAAUCCUGGAUGAAUGAGAGCGCCCUCGUGAUCAUAGACGAUGAAUUGGAAAUCGUUCUCAGCAACGAUUCCAAACCAAAUUUGGAGAGCGGAGCGAUGUCCUCUCACAAUAUGAUCACUAUCCUCACGACCGUUUUGGUUCCAUUGGUAUUCGGAAUCAUCGUCGUAGUGGGGAUCAUUGGCAAUGCUUUGGUGAUGAUUGUGGUGGCGACCAACCAACAAAUGAGGAAUACCACCAACGUCCUGAUCCUCAAUCUGGCCAUGGCCGAUCUGUUGUUCAUAGUACUUUGUGUUCCCUUUACCGCCACGGAUUACGUACUGAACCACUGGCCUUUUGGCUUGACUUGGUGCCAAGCUGUUCAAUAUCUGAUCUACGUGACCUCCUACGUCAGCAUUUACACAUUGAUCCUCAUGUCCUUUGAUCGAUUUCUCGCCGUGGUCUUUCCGGUGGCCUCUUUGCCCUACCGUACGGUUCGAAAUUCUGCUUUGGCCUUGGUGAUCCUGUGGACCCUUAUAGGAAUUACGUCGAUUCCAAUUUGGUUCACGCAUCACCUUCAGGAUAAACGACCUGCUCCGGCCAAUCGAACGGGAACGGGAAAUAUCAGUGUCAUCACCCUGAGCGACGGCUUAAAGGGAGAGCAAUGGUGUCGAUUCGAAGACGGGAAAUACUCGAGCUCCGGGUUCCAUGUGGCCUUCUUCAUCUCGGGUUAUGCCAUUCCACUGACCUUGAUUAUCCUCAUGUACCUGAAGAUGUUGAGCCGACUGUGGCACCCUGUUGGGCAUCAAAUCUCACAGGACUCCCUGAGGAACAAGCGGAGGGUGACCAAAUUGGUUUUGGUGGUGAUUGUCGUGUUUGCAGUGUGUUGGGCUCCUAUUCAAUUUGUUCUGCUGAUGAAGGCUCUUAAGGUUUAUCAGACAAAAGGACCCGAGGAUUUCCCUCGGAUCAUAUUCCAGAUAUUUGCUCAUAUCUUGGCUUAUGUCAACAGUUGCGUCAAUCCCAUACUGUAUGCUUUCCUAUCCGACAACUUUCGACGUGCAUUCCAUCAGUUCCUGCCCGAUUGCUGCCACAAGGUCAUGGGUGGAUCUCGAGGUCGUCCCGCCCUUCAGUACGAGCUGACCACUCUGCGCGCGGAUCGAAGGAACAGCAGCAACUUGAAGCGUUAUGGAAAGCGUGGCAAGUUGGUCAAACACGGAGCCACACCUUCGAACCUUUCGGUCGCCUCAUUAGAACAAUUGGAGACGAACAAUGGCCACAUUCCUUUGGGCCCAACGGCCUCCGCUCCUCGAGAUCCUGUUGCUCUGCCUCUUCUGUCUCAUUUGAGUGUCAUCCACAAUGGGCAGAAUAAUUCCGAGAUGAAGGAGACAAUCAAGUCCAAUGGGAGUUUGAGCAAUCUCCAAGGCUUUCCCAAUGACGGAGUGGAGACAGGACACAUGAGCCACGAGGCCGCCGAGGCUGUGGAACAACGCUCGAGAGAGGACAACAACAAUGCAGUGAUAGAGUCCACCAAUACUGAUGGGCUCCUCUGCACCCAACUGUAGAAAGGAAAACAAAAGAUUCACUAUGAGACUGAGUUGCAGAAUGGUUGGAUGCUAUUGACGGAGACUUGAAAAAAAACUUAGGACUUCGCUUUGCCUCUCGAGGGAAAACAUAUUUUGUGCGGAUUAUUUUUUCUUUCCCGAAUUAUAACCUCUCUACGUGCA